AUGCACUGUUUCAAAACCUAUUGCGAAAACUGUAGAAAUCAACAGAUAUUUAUACACCACACACAAUCAGACCAUCCGUUGGAAAGAUAUUCACUCAAAUGUUCAAACUGUGACUACCACAUUUUGAGGUGUUGUGUAAGUGGGUGUUUGGAGUAUAUACAUGAUAGUUUCAAAGAAGAAUCAAAAAAAGGUGUGGAUAUCGCCGAUCUUUAUGGUAAUUGGUGUUCAAACAAAAAGAACGAUCCACUUUGCGAAGAACAUUCUUAUAUUUACGAUCCUGAUAGUGAUGAUUCUGAUAUUGGCGAAGAAUCAAGGUUCGAAGAAUACGAAUAUUCAGACAGUGAUUGCGAAAAUGUCGAAAAAUAA